AAGGCUAGGAGAGCAGUCGUAACCGACUUCGAGUUGGGGAUGGUGAUGGAUGAGAGCAGGGGGAGGGCCUUCAAUGGGCUUGCGUUCCUUGGUGCGGUGGACUUCCUGACGGGUGAGGUGCUCAUCAGGGAGUACGUGAAGCCCACCGGCAAGGUGACGAAUUGGAACUCAUGUGUCUCGGGUAUCAAGCCUGCAGAUAUGAAUGCCGCUGUCCGACGUGGCGCGGCUAUUCAUGGGUGUGAGACUGCACGAGCAGCGCUGUGGGGGUACGUCCACAGCGACACGGUCAUCACCGACCAAGCGCUGCAGAAUGAUCUCGACGCUCUCGGGAUUAUCCACCCUCGCGUGGUGGAUACGGCAAUUGUCACGACACAGACCGCGUUCAAGGGGGGUGGCCAGAGCGGGCGGUUUUGCCGGACGUGGGGUCUGAGGAUUUUGGCUUCGGACUUGCUAUGCCGGAAUAUCCAGAAGGAGGAGGAAGGACACAAUGCUGCCGAGGACGCAUUGGCGACAAAGGAUCUUCUCCUUUGUUGCAUUGAGAAUCCGACCCUUUUGGACGACUGGGCCCGGGCCGAGAGAGGGGCAUACCCGAGGUACGAGCCCGACAGUGGUGAGGACAAUGACCCUGAGAACGAGGGACCGUCAACUUGGCCCUGA